AUGGCUGACGACGUCAAUUGCGUGCGUAACUAUAUUGUGGGAGCCAAUAAUUACAAUUCUAACUUGGGGAACAUCGACGACAAGUAUGUCGACCAAUUAAUUGAAUUAUUCAAUUUGAGGCACUUACAGGCGAAAUGGAUCAAUUCCUUAAGUAAUGGCCAGAUGAGACGAGCAAGAAUCGCUAAGGCGUUGAUUACUAAACCGCGUCUACUUGUCAUUGACGACCCUUUCUUAGGUUUAGAUCCUACCGCUACCAAACGCGUUCUGGACCUGUUGGCUCAAGUGGGCCACCAAUUGAACAUCAGUAUGGUGUUGGGACUCAGAACUCACGAUGCCGUCCCCGAAUGGAUUGAGAAAGUCGCCUAUAUCGACUCUGAAGGGUUAAAAGAAGGCCACGUGGAAACAGUAUUAACUGAGGUGGAACCGCCUAAACGCCAACCGAUGGACGAAAUUCUGGCCUCCCAAAUCCCCGCUGACGGAGCCCACAUCUCGUUUAACAAUGCUCUGGUGGUAUACCGUGGUUUACCAGUCCUCAAAGAUUUCAAUUGGAAUAUCCCUAAGGGAACUAAAUGGAGAAUCUUAGGCGAUAACGGCACGGGGAAAACCACGAUCCUCUCCCUCAUCACUGCUGACCACCCACAACUGUGGCGGCUGGUGCUUUCCAUCGACGGCCAGCUCCGCAAAACAGGCCAGGGGAUUAACGUGUUCAGCGUCAACAAUAAGAUCGGGAUUCUGCUGCCGGAAAUCCACGCCGUGGUCCCUCGCCAUCUGAAGACAAUGCGGGAGAUUAUCCGCAAUGGCUUGGUGCCCAAUAUCGGCAAUCUGAACUUUGCCUUCUCCGGUGAUAAGUAUGAGUAUUCGGAGUGGCUGAAACUGAUCUUAGACAGGUUUGCUGACCGCCUACAAAAAGUGGGUCACCGUACGUUUAACGAUUUACUGAUUACCGACCAGAAAUUGUGUCUUUUCUUGAGGGCGAUCGUCAAACAACCGGAGAUCCUAAUCUUGGACGAGGCGUUCCUGUGUAUGGACGACGACGUGGUGAUGCAAAAAUGCCACGAUAUCGUCGCUAACGACAUGCCGAACACCACCGUGCUUUCCAUUGGCCACCUCGACUGGGAAUUGGCUCCCUAUCAGUAUAUGGUCCAUUUAUUGGGUAACGACGCCAGAGAGUACAAGUUGUACCAAUCAAAGCAAUAA